CGCAGCUGUUCUUUCAGUAUUAUGUUACAUAUCUCACGUGUAAGUAUUUACUGCGUGUAACGUUAACGUAACCGAGUGUUGUAGAAGAGACUAAUUUGUAUCACCAAGAACACAAUGGAGCCUGUCAUAGAGAUAAAUCCUGCCUGUUCCGUAGUAGGAGCGACUAGUCUGUGUCACCAGUAACAUAAUGGAGACCGUUAUACUAAUAAAUGUUGGAGCAUCGAAAUGGGACAUCCGUCAGAAAGUUUGGGACUACAUCGAAGAAAAUAAUCUGGCCAACUUCCCAAGGCCUGUUCACAACAGAAUCCCCAAUUUCAAGGGUGCAAUUCAAGCAUGCAACAGGCUUGCAAACCUGCAGGAGUUCAAGUCCAGCCAGACAGUCAAAGUAAACCCAGACAGACCCCAGCAGCAGGCACGCUUUGUCACUCUGGAAGCGCAGAAAACUUUAUUGGUCCCAACUCCUCGUCUUCGCACCGGCCUUUUCAAUAAUAUUAUUCCUCCCCAAGGGGCCAGCAAAGAACAGCUACGCAUAUGCUCUUCCUCUCAGGGCGUGAAAGACUUCAGUGUGCCCGUUGGACUGGAUGCAAAGGUGAAGGUAGAUCUGGUGGUGGUUGGCUCUGUGGCGGUCUCAGAGAAAGGGUUUCGGAUUGGAAAAGGAGAGGGCUUUGCUGACCUGGAGUAUGGCAUGAUGGUCUCAAUGGGAGCUGUGAACGAGUCUACUGUGGUGGUUACUAUUGUCCAUGACUGCCAGGUGGUGGACAUUCCAGAAGAGUUAGUAGAAAGUCAUGACCUGACUGUGGACUACAUCCUCACACCCACCAGGGUUAUUAAAAUAGAUUGCCAGAUUCCCAAGCCACACGGAAUCAUCUGGACUAAGCUGGACACAGAAAAGCUGGAGAAGAUCCCCAUCCUGAAGACGCUGCGUGCUCUGGAGGAACAGGCUGGAAAGGAUGUAACACUAGGGGCGGCACCUCCUGCAGCAGAGCCCGGUCUGCAGACCGGCCAACCCAGAAGGCAAACCAGACGAAGGCCAAGGCAGAACACACAGCAGGAUGCUGAGGGAGAAUCCAAACAGGAGAAAAGAGCAGAGUCAGAACAGAAAGCCAGACAGCGUCCAGCUAGAGUGAGGAAGGAAAGCAGAGGAGAUGGCGGCAGAGGUAAAGAGGGAGAAAUCAAUGAGAGAGGAAAGGGUAGAAGUGGAGGGAACAUGAAGGAGAAGGACCCAGAGGAGGGUGGAAGUGAAGUCAUGUCUCAACGUAAGCUCCCUCUGAGUGUGACCACAGUUUACCUGGGGGGAAUCCCUGCUGGGCUGCGUGUUAGUGAGCUGAAAACUGCUCUCAGAGAGAGGGAGGCCGCCCCACUGAGGCUUACCUGGCAGGGAGCUCAACACAGGGCCUUCCUGGACUACAGCGACCCUGAGGCUGCAGAGCAGGCCCUGGAGGCUUUGCAGGGUCUCAGUCUGAAUGGUCACAGUCUGCAGGCUGAGCUGGCUAAGAGCCAGCGGGGAGGCAAGAGGUCCGGGCAGUCCAAUAGAAGACCAAGACCAUCAACAGCUCCGAAAUCUAAAUCAGCACCAGCAGAUACUGAGAGUGACACCAAUGAAAUGACUGAGCAGUGAUAGCAACAGGCAAAACGCAGCCCAAUAAGCAUUAAUUGUGGAGCAACGUUAAAUGCCUUAAGAAGAGAUUUUUUUUUGUAAUAUUUCUGGAUUUAUUACAAGUUGACCUCAGUUAUAUGAACCUUUUAGACUUCUAAAGUGACUGCUAAGGCUAAUGAGCUUAACAAAAUGUGAAUAAAAUAUGCAAUUGCUAAAUCCCAGGAUCAUAAAGCAUUUCACUAGAAAAGUACUUACGUACCAUUUCACAAUAUUAACAAUACAUCUAUGUGCCUUGUUUAUUCACACACACCCCUGUGGUCUGUGUGUCCCCAGCGCCUUCAUUCCUUGAAGGUGCUUCUAUGAGUAACUCUAUAGACAGUUACAGUUAAUGUCCUUUCAAACUAUAGACUGCAUGUACAGUCUUUGUUAAAAUACAAGUGUUAUUUUAAAAAAAAAGUGUUAAGUAAAUCUUAUUUCCACAACCAACUUUUUAAUUACUUCCUCCAACAAGGUCAUGUUUAGACUUAUUUGUCUGCCUGUUGGUUAUCUCUAAAACAUUUAUUUAAGGCCAUGGGCCAAAGAAGAACUAGUUAGGUUUUGUUGCAGAUAGCACCGCCAUGUGGUCAUUAUUCACUUUAUGCAAUCCUGAUGAUUCCUGACCCAUAAGACCCUAAGCCUAGUAUUAAAGUGAAAUAUUCAUUGGUCUUAAUAUCCAUAUAAGCCACACCAAUGUUUGACCACACAGAUGUUACACUGUUUUGAAUAUUUUUGCAAAACACAUUUUCCACGGCUUCUACAAAUUUCAUCCAAUCUUCACAAAAUCUGUAACAUUUGAAUGACCCUAAAAGCAUUAUUUGUUUCAUCUUCCAUUGCCAAAUUGUGAAGUAGAUGUCGCCCAUUUGACCUAAAUUGCCAUAAAUCUUGAGCAUAUUGUGCAGUUUCAACCACAUUUAAAAGACGUGAACAUAUUAGCGAAUUGUUAUGCCAUUUUGAUUGCAGACUACAGCAAUAAGAUGCAUUUAAAUAAUGCAUAAUUCAGUCAUGAUGUCUGUUGAAAAUUUGCACAAUUCAUCAAUGCACAUAACCCAGGAUGUAGGUAUUCUUUAAAAAUCAACAUGAUUGCCUGUUAGUGUGUUUUGACAAAGAUCUGGAUCUAGAUGCAGAUUAUAAACAUCUAAACCUAUUUUAUUUAAAGAUAACGCAUUUAGUUUGUGCAGCCUCGUUGGAGCUAUGCUUUUUGAUUUCUACUUGUUUACUGUGCUUUCUACUUGCUAAGGUUUUUUUCAGAAUUUUUGGAAAUAGACAUUGUACAUUUAAACAGUGAUAUUUGUACCUUUUAAUGAUAAAAAUGACAUUCAUGGCAUCCUGUCUGGUUAGGUCAGUUUGAGUAUGAAGCCAUUCUCACCAUUAAACAGAUAAGAUAUGCUACCAUGAACUGUUCUAGUGUUAAUGCAUCUGUUUGUAACAUUAUCACAUUCUCUACUAAAGCGUUUGACCGUA